AUGCUUACGUAUUUCUUCCAUGUGGAACUCUUCAGCUCUAACGUCUUCAAUCAAUCUCAACAGGGACAGGACUUUUCGUACCGGCACGGCACUCCAGAGACAGAUGCAAGUCUGGAAGAAGGGGAGGACCGCCCGUUGAUCCUCUAUGUUUAUCAUGAAAAGAAAAAUGCUCGUCAAAACGCCCGUUUCUUUAUAAACCAUGGUCUACAUGCACAUGCCGACUUCAUCUUCAUCUUAAACGGUGAGACCGAUUUAAGCAACGACCUCCCAACGGCACCAAAUAUCAAAGUUAUCCGACGAGACAACACCUGCUUCGAUCUAGGCUCUUACGCCGAAGUUUUAACCAGAAACGAUAACGAGUUAAUAAAGAAAUAUAACAAAUUUAUUCUUAUGAAUGCCUCUAUAAGAGGCCCAUUUCUACCAAGUUGGAGUCGGGAGUGUUGGACUGAUGCAUGGUUAGCUAAGGUUACGGAUACGAAUAAGCUCGUUGGCAUGACUCUCAAUUGUAGACCCAGCCGCCAUAUCCAAUCUAUGAUAUUCGCCACCGACCGCAUAGGCCUGAACCUAUUGCUUCGCAGGAUUAACACAUGUUUUCCGACCUUUCGGUCUGCAGUGGAGGCUGAGACGGAGUGCACGGGAAUUAUUAUGGAAAGCGGAUAUAGUGUCACAGCUUUAAUGACGGCUUUCGCUUCGGAUAAGGAUUAUGCUACUAAAUGCCGGCAUACAGACGUUCUGCAUCAGAAUAGGUAUUACGGUACGACGAUUCAUCCGUACGAGAGUAUGUUUCAAAAGGCAAAUAGAAAGCUCGCGCCGGAGCAAUUGGAACUGUUAACAAGAUGGCAUGAACGAUCGAAUUAUUCGAGCUGGGACGUUUGUCGGAAAGCAUAUAACAUAAGAAAGGCGACACGUUUGAUGAAGCAGAAAGGGUAUGACCUUGACUUCGGUCUGUAA